AUGAUUCUAACUGGUAUUGAUGAGAUCUCGAUCGAUCUCAAAGGAAAGAAGCUAUUAGUGAUCGGGACAGUCGACCCCGUGAGCGUCGUGAGCAAGUUGCGCAAAAAGAAUUGGUCGGCCAACAUAAUCUCGGUUGGGCCGGCCAAAGAGCCCGAGAAGAAAGAGGAGCCCAAGAAAGAAGAACCCAAGAAAGAAGGGGAGCCCAAAAAGGAGGAGCCCAAGGAAGAAGCUAAGAAAGAGGAGCCAAAAAAGGAAGAAGCUAAGAAAGAGGAACCGAAAAAGGAAGAAGCUAAGAAAGCCGACGAGCCCAAAAAGGAGGAAAUGAAAAUGAAAAUCGAGCUACCACCCGAAAUGGCUAUGCUUGGUGCACCUCAAGCAUUCCCUUAUCGACCAUAUAGACCAUACUACCCUCCGCCCCCUCCUAUGAACCCAUAUUACCAUGUGCACCACAGCAUUGAAGAGAAUCCAAACGCUUGCACUAUUUGCUAA